UUUCCAUGUCUGAAAAUUGGAAGUAUAGCUUUUAAAAGAUGUGGGCUUCUUGUCCACUCUCAAGUCACAGUGUGAAGCGAAGUGAAUAGAGUUGGAUAAAAAUGGUGCAUGUGCUGCAGGGGUUGGGUUGGGCUCAGUCGGUGGGUCUGAUUCUGACACUCUCUGGAGCGGUGCUUCUGAUCAUUCUCUCAGCCUCAGUCGAUGGCCGUCUUGGUCCAACAAGGCCCGUCCACAUCUUCAACUUCGGCGACUCCAACUCGGACACGGGUGGACUCGUCGCUGGACUCGGCUACUCCGUCAAUCCCCCCAACGGACGUACCUUCUUCCGUAGAUCAACCGGUCGCCUCUCCGACGGACGCCUCGUCAUCGACCUCCUCUGCCAGAGUCUGAAUGUGAGUCUAUUGAGCCCAUACCUAGACUCUUUGGCAGGGUCCAGGUUCUCAAACGGGGCAAACUUCGCCGUUGUCGGGUCCUCUACCCUCCCAAAACGUGUCCCUUUUUCUUUGAAUAUUCAAGUCAUGCAGUUCAUCCACUUCAAGGCUACUGCAGGUUCAAAACAUUUGAUAAAUGAUGACAGUUUCCGGAAAGCACUGUACAUGAUCGAUAUCGGACAAAAUGACCUUGCCGAUUCAUUCGCUAAAAACCUUUCAUACGCUCAAGUAACAAAGAGAAUUCCUUCAGUUAUUGCAGAAAUCAAGAGUGCCGUUAAGGCUUUAUAUGAUCAAGGUGGAAGGAACUUUUGGAUACACAACACCGGGCCGUUGGGUUGUCUCCCUCAAAAACUUUCAUUAGUUGAGAAGAAGGAUUUGGAUCCAUAUGGAUGUCUUUUGAGUUACAAUGCGGCUGCAAGAUCGUUCAAUGAAGCAUUGCUCCAUUUGUGCAACGAGAUGAGAUCUGAAUUGAAGGAUGCUGUGAUAGUUUAUGUGGAUAUAUAUGCCAUCAAGUAUGAUCUCAUUGCCAACUCCACCAAAUACGGUUUCUCUAGGCCGCUAAUGGCAUGUUGUGGCAACGGAGGUCCUCCGUACAACUACAAUGUCGGGCUGACCUGCGGUCAUCCUGGCUCCCAGGUUUGUGAUGAAGGAUCUCUAUUUGUGAACUGGGAUGGAAUUCAUUACACCGAAGCCGCCAACACCAUCGUGGCCUCAAAGAUACUUUCAAAGAAUUUUUCCACACCAAGCAUUCCAUUUGAUUUCUUUUGUGGCAGUUAGUAAGGGUUAGAAAAUCAGUAGCACUGCAUGCCCAAGGCUUGAAAUUGUAGUGGUUUACUUCCACUUCUCCUUGUACUGGAAUGUCCAAAUAGGAAAUUACAGUUUUAGGAAGUGUAUCAUGUUGUUGUAAAACAUUCUCUUAAGCCUCAAUUUUGUAUCCCUUGUUAUCAUGGACUAGGCUUGUGAUUCUUUUGUUAGUGUGUUUGGGCCUUUCAAAUAGUAAAACAAGAAACUCUGAAAUAACAUAUUUUUCUCGA